AUGAAAGGCAAAAUCCCUGAAGUUCCUGUUCGACGAACAACAGCAGAUGGUACUGUAAUCCCUAUCAGGUUUGUAGACAAACCAUUUCCGUAUCACUAUGAACUCAAAGUCCGGAUCGAUUCUUGGAAUGACAUGGGUUGGGGACUCGGCCAUUUGGAAGACGACUCGGAAACUCUUCCCGAACAUCCUGAGAAUUGGGGUGUCAGGGUACCAAUGGUACUUCCUGGGGAGCUGGUGACCGUGAAGGUUUUUAAGAAUAUGGACGACUACAGCGAAGGCGACUUGGUCAAUGUAUUGGAGCCAUCUGAAGAUCGAAUUGAGCCUCAGUGUCCUUUGGCCGGAAAAUGUGGGGGAUGCCAAUUCCAACAUAUGAAGAUUGAAAAGCAACGAGAGUGGAAGUCCAAUUUUGUCACCAAGGGUCUGGUGGAACAUGAGAUCGAGGGAUACAAGGGUAUAGAUGACAUUAGUGCCAAACUUUUGCCUGUGGCUGGAACCGAUGAAAUCUAUGGUUACCGCAGCAAGAUCACACCCCACUACGAAGCCCCGACUAAAGUAGGAGACGACGAAUACGAAAUGGAAGAAAUUGGAUUCCAGCAAUUCAUGACAAAGCGAUUGGUGGAUGUGGAAGAAUGUCCCAUUGCCACACCAGCUAUCAAUGCCAAGUUUAAGGAGACGAGAGUCGAACUGCACAAACAAGCAAAGGAGGGGCUCUUGAACAAUCGAAAGAAACGCAAACGACAUCGUCGAUCUAGGAACAAGGAACUAGGAGCUACUCUCUUGUUCAGACAUGCCGAUGAUGAUGAAAAUGGGAAUCCAGUGGUUGUGACAGACAAUAAGGAAUACAUGACAACUACUGUCAAGGGAAUCAAGUUUCGCUAUGUUGCUGGCAACUUUUUCCAGAAUAACAAUUAUGUUCUACCUCUCAUGGUGGAUGGAGUUCUAUCAGCGGCUCUAAAACCCUCGGCUUCUGGGAAGGUACCAUCGCACCUGAUUGAUUGCUAUUGUGGGUCGGGUCUCUUUGCGUUGAGCGCAGCGUCCAACUUUCAAUUGUGUGUUGGAAUUGAGGUACAAGAGAAAGCCAUCGAGGAGGCAACCUUUAAUGCCGAAGCGAACAAUAUCAAAAACUGUCAAUUUGUUGCGGCCAGUGCGGAAGCAAUAUUCGCCAGUCCUCACAAAGUGAAAAUGGAAAAUGGCGAAGAGCAAAGCGUCAGCGAUUUCCCAAGAGACCAAACGGUCGUGGUUGUUGAUCCACCCCGAAAAGGAUGUUCUGGUGCAUUUUUGGAACAAUUGUAUGCAUACAGUCCCCAGCGAGUGGUAUACAUGAGUUGUGGACCAGCAACACAAGCGAGAGACGCAAAAGGACUCGUGGAGGUUGGGGGAUAUGAAAUCGUCUCCAUCCAACCGUUUGAUCUUUUCCCACAGACGAAACAUAUUGAGUGCCUCAUGGUUUUUGAGAAACGAUAA